AUGGAUGAUAUUCACAAAGUAAUAAAAAAGACAGCACCGUCUUUUGUUGUACUGAAAACUUUGAGGACAACCUUGACCAUGCCACCACCUAUAGCAAGAAAUAUAAUCAAAGAUCUAACGCGUCCUUUAGGGUAUCAAAAAAGAUUUGUUCGUAAAUUUGACAAUGAAAAUUGGAAAGGUACUUUAAUUAUGUCUGAAAUGAUUCGAUGUAACGAUGAUAUUGCCCUUAAACGUUUACAAAAGUCAGAUAUUGUUAUUUUCAAUAUACAUGGGGGUGGCUUUAGAGUAGGCCAUAGUGCUAUGUAUAUGGAAUCAUUUAUUAGUUGGCUGCGUCUGUUUAAGAAAAAAUAUAAUUUAUAUGCUUGUAUCAUGUCUAUUGAAUAUGGGUUAGCUCCUAAACAUAAAUAUCCAGGCCCACUAAAUGAAUGUAUUAAGGCUUUUAAUUACCUCACUAAAGAUCUUGGUGUUUCUCCUUCCAAGAUCAUUUUAUCAGGUGACUCUGCAGGCGGUGAACUUGUUUUAGAAACACUCAUAAGAACAUACUCUCCCUCUAUCUUAAAUAAUCUAGAUUCACCACGCGAAAAUUUCGACCUGCCUCUUCCUGCAGGUGCCUUACUUUCCUCUCCACUUGUUUCUCCUAAAACAACAUCUGAGUCUUGGAAAAGAUAUGCAAAAACUGAUAUGGUUUCUUUACAAUUAGCCAAUCUAGUUCAUAAGGAAUAUUUGGGACUAUCAAAGACAAAAGAAGCAGAGAACGAUGAUUUAUUUCCUAUAAUGCGUUUAAUACAUAUUCAAAAGAAUUUCGAUCGAUUUUUACCAAAGCAUGUCCUUGUCUUUAUUGGUGAAAAAGAAGUCCUGCAUGAUGAUGUUGUAGAAAUGGUCAAUUAUAUUAAAACAGAUGGCAAGGUCAAUAUCCAGCUAAUCAAAGAAAAGUAUGCCCAUGAUUGGUUCUUGAUACAUGAAAUUAUCAAGAAAAAAGAUAAAGCAGCUGUAAUUGCAAAAUAUGAUGAACUAUUUGUGGACUUUGCAGUAAAAGCUGUUAUAGAAGGCGAAAGUAAUCACCAUGUUCAAGGAAGUAGUAGAAUAAUACAACAAUUACGUUCUUCUUAUCCUACAGAAGAAUGUGUUGUACAUGAUUAUGACAAAAAAUCAAUUACUGAAAUUAAAGAGCCAGUAUUAGCGACAGCUUCAACAAUUGUAAAACAAGAUAAUAUUAAAAUGGAUGAAGAUAUAUUCUAUAAUUCUGAAGAAAGUACCCAUCAGCAAGAGGAUGAGAAGAAGUGCUAUAAUAACUCUAUAUCCCCUAUAAUACGAAGUUCUUCUGAAGAAGAAAAUCAAAAACUUCUUUUUGAAAAGAAUGAAAAUAAUACAUCAAAAAUUCGUCAGUAUAAACCAUAUAUCGUUUUAUCAGAUUCUUUACCAGCAUCGAAACGUGUAAUAGUAAAAAAUUAA